AUGGGAGCAGAAUAUGAAGUUCUUCUUUACCACACAGAAGUUCGCUGGCUUUCCAGAGGACAAAUCUUGAAGCGCUUGAUUGAACUUCGAGCAGAAGUUUCACUUUUUUUGAGAGAAAAAGAAAGCCCACUCUCAGAACAGUUUGACAGUGACCUUAAAGUUGAAACAUGGAUUCGUAAUCCUUUCCUUGCCGACAUAGACUGUAUCAGUGAUGAAGACCUUGCCAAAGAUGACCUCAUUGACCUGAAGACAAAGGAAAUGUUACGAAAUGAAUUCAACUCAAAGAGCCUUGGAGAAUUCUGGUGUGCGUUGACACAAGCCUACCCUCGUCUGGUAAAGCGAGCUAUGGGUGCUCUGAUUCUGUUUGCUACUACAUACCUUUGUACUAGUAACAAUGAGAAGUUCAUUGAGGUGACCAUCACGGAGUGUGCGUUUGAUGUUAGUUUGGGUGAACCUCUGCCUCCACUCAAUUAA